CGCCCCGCCCCCAUGUUUCUGUUAUGAAACGUGAUGUGAAGGCAGUGAUCUCUGCAGGACGAGCGGCGUCACUUUGGUAACUGAAGCUCUGCUGCGGGCCCGGAGGUCUCCGUGUUCAGGGAAACGGAGAGCUCCAGUCUACGGGACAGACUGGAGAAUCCAACAUGUCCAUAGACCAACUUGACCUUAAAGGUCCUUCAUCAUCUGAGAGAAGCAGCACAAAGCAAAAAAACAUGAUGUCCAACAAAGGAGGGGCCAGGAUUGUUGUGGAUGAUGAUGAUGAACAUGUAAGUCCAACGGACUUGUCUGAGCUGUUAGCCGACGGCACCAAAGAGUCACAUGACAGAGCGGAAAACUGUUCGUUCGUCAAAGAUUUCCUCAGAGGCCGCAUCAAAAGGGAGCUGUUUAAGAGAGGGACAGCAGCUCUGUACUUCGUCUACACGGCUAUGGAAGAGGAGAUGGAGAAGAACAAAGAUCACCCUCACGUUGCUCCAAUCUAUUUUCCAGUAGAGCUGCAUCGCAGUGAAGCUCUGGCCCGAGACCUGGAGUAUUUUUAUGGAGAGGACUGGGAGAACCAGAUCAGCUUGUCGGCGGGAACUAAGCCUUAUGUCGACCGGAUCCGCGAGGUCGGGCAGAAGGACCCGGUGUUGCUGGUAGCCCAUUCCUACACCCGCUACAUGGGAGACCUGUCAGGUGGACAGAUCCUGAAGAAAGUGGCCCAGAGGGCCCUGAAGCUGCCAUCCACAGGAGAGGGUGUGAACUUCUAUCAGUUCGAGGGAAUUCACAGCCACAGGGGCUUCAAGCAGCUCUACAGAAGCCGGAUGAACGAGCUGGACCUGGACAUGGAGACAAAACUUAGGAUUGUGGAGGAGUCCAACCGGGCCUUUGGCUUCAACAUGAUGGUAUUCUCAGAGCUUGAAGAGAUCGGAAAAAGCAUACAAGAGGAAGUUCAAGAGCCAGGUUUAGGACACAGUCAUGCAGAAGUGAUGCAAGGCGGUGAUAUCAACAAGUGCCCGUACUAUGCCGCUAAAAUGGCUGCUGGUGGAAAUCCGACUUACGCCCUCCAGUUGGCGACCACGCUUGUCAGAUAUCCACCCUGUCAGGUGCUUCUGGCAGCCUGGGUAGCACUUCUGGCCGGGUUUACUGCUUGGUACAUCUUCUGAGCCUUAACGAAACCUCAGCGGUCAUUGUUGGUGAAUCCCUUCAGACGAUAUAAGGAUUGGUGUUCAACAAUGGCAAACUUUAGUCGUCAAAAGCAAAACCGAGACUUCAAUUGCUGUCUUCCAGUAUUUAUUCGUUUUCAAUGAACAAGUUGUAGUUUAUGGGCAUGAUUUGAUCUGUAUCAUAGUUAGUGGCUGCUGAUCUAAUUCAUAGUUGAUUUUGGUUCAUUCUGAACGAUCUGAUUGGAUCCAGAUCCUCUGAACCUAAAGUGGAUCCAGAUCCUCUGUCCUAAAGUGGAUCCAGAUCCUCUUGAUCCGAACUUCCAGCAGUGAGACUCAGACAGAAAUUCCUGCUACCGAACAGUUUUCCAGAUUCUUGGAUUUCUUCCAGAUCAUCAAGUUAAUGAAAUCUGUGUCCAAACCAACAAGUAAACUAGAAUGAAUGUCAAAUCCAUUCACAUGUUAGUUUCCUAAAGUUCACCACUGUUGUUUUUCCACAUCCAAAGAAUCCAAAGGGAACAUUCUUAGAACAUUCUAGACACUGGAUGGUCACAUGACUUUAUUCAAAGUCUGUCCACACAUUGGACUGGAAUGAUGGACUGAUCCGUGUUCAUGACAUCACACGUGUGUCGUCUGCUGUGAUUGAUCGGUUUGACCUUAGAGUCAAAAAUACCUACUGUACCUCAAUUCGUUUGAAAUGAUUUUUUUGAUGGCAAUAUGAUUGAUUUGCAACUUGCCUCAGACAGAUCAAUCUGGCUGGAUAAAUCGGUUCAUCAAUUAAUCUUUACUCCCCUAAUGCACACUCGUUUGUGUGUGAUGCUAAAACAAUUCUUCAUGUUGUCGGUCAGAAAUGCUUAAACAUGGAGGGAAAUUAGCAGAGUUGGAAAGAUGCACUUUGAAAUUGGAUGCACAUUUGUCAAUAAAGAUUGAUUGAAUCCAA